CCUAAACUAGAUAACAUUUCGUAUAUAAAAAGAAAGGCAUUCUAUGAAUAUGUACAUUUACUACAGAACUGUAAAUGAUGAUGGACGUCUCAAAGAUAUCCUUUAUUUUACUGUUAGUCGCAUGGAGCGUACAGGGCGAUGCUGAAGGACUGGUCUCUAAGACUGGAGGACAAGAGCCCGACACCCGAGUGGUGGGUGGCAAAGACGCACCCGAAGGCCUUGUGCCACACCAAGUCGCUCUUAUAUUGAAAGAAGGCAAUUUCUUUUUCUGCGGUGCUGCUAUCAUCUCCAACAGAUGGAUACUGACAGCUGCCCAUUGUGUCUUAAGUCUUAAACCAUCCAAAUUUACCGCUGUAGUUGGUUCAUUAUCGAGAACGAAAGGUGGUACAACGUAUGAAAUAAACAAAGUCAUUUCCCACAAAGAAUAUAACAAGCCAAAUAGAUUCGGCAACGAUAUUGCUGUUAUAAGUACGAAAGAGGCCAUCGAAUUCAAUAAAAAGGUUCAGCCCCUGCCAUUACCCACAGAGGAUAUCAAGUCUGGAUUGUCGUGUAUACUGAGCGGCUGGGGUAAACUUGGCAAAACGCGGGACAUACCUGACAAAUUGCAAUAUCUGUAUGUAAAAACAUUAAACAGCGACGACUGUACGCGCUUAAGACGAAACUCUCCACUCAAAAUAACUUCCAAGCAGAUGUGUACCCUUAACAAAUAUGACGAAGGAACAUGCCAAGGUGAUUCAGGCGGCAGCUUAGUGUGCAACGGCACCUCAGCCGGUAUCGUGUCCUUCAACUUGCCCUGCGCAAAUAAUUUCCCUGACACGUACACCAACACGUACAAGUACAUCUCCUGGAUAGAAGAAAAUACUAAAUCACCCUGAGUAUUGUCAUUUAUAAAUUGUUAUAAAUUUCGUUGCACAAAUUA